AUGGCGUGGAAAUUGGAGUGGGCACCUCUCCCCAUGGGAAUGGCCAUGAAGGCCCCUGACCCUCCCGGCCUGUCUUUGCAGAGGCCCGCCCCAGAGUCCGUGCAGGAGCUGGCUGACGGGUUCACUUACGCCUUCAACCGGUACCAGACAGGAGGGCACCAGGCCAGGAAGCCCGUCCAGAGCCGGUCUGAGAGCUCCAGCGAGGACAUCCUUGAGGUGCUGGCCCGCGGGCCCGACUACACCACCUACCGGGUCAGGGUGCAGGUGCACCGGGCCAACGACGCCGGCCAGUGCCAGUCUGAGUGUGCAGCCGAAUUAACUCUUAACCUCCUUGAGGCCUGCAGGAUACGUGCCCUCCAGGAAGGCACACUGGAGAAGAAGGUGGUGUCCAUGGUACCAGCUUUCCCGAGUGGAAAAAUUUCCCACAUCACCACCUUCAUGUCCAUCCACCCGGCCUUCUCCAGAACCCAGCAGAUCCUGGACCAGCUGUUUGCUAGGUGCUGCCCACCUUCCAUCAGAUAUGAUGCCAUCCAGGUGUUCUCUACAUCUGGAAAUAUGCAGUCAUAUAACAACCAGGGUGACACACUCCAGGACCAAUUGAAAAGGGCCGUAGCUUCUGUGACGGGAGCCUGGCCUGGCCAGAUACAAUAUGUCGGCCAGCCCCUGCUUCUCCCCUGGUUCACCCUGAAGCAGGCCCUCGUGCAGGGCCACCUUCCUGCCUCACACCCGCUGGGCCACGUGCUCAGCCUCUGGGUGGAGCUGGAGCAUCUGGAGCCCACGGAGGCAGAGCUGGAAGCUGCUCCAGAGGCUCCCCCAAAGCCAGCUCGAUGCCCAGCAGCGGACCACCCCCCGGCUGGGACCACUAAGCACCUGAUAAAGGAGGAGAAGCAUAACAUCCUGACCUUCCCUCCAAUACUGGUGGCAGAGCAGCUGACAGUGAUGGACGCAGUGAGCAGUGGGGCUCUGGGGAGAGUCGGGGGAGGUGGGACAGGCCUUCCCUCUGCCCUCAGCUGCCCCGAACUGCCUGUUCUGAUCCAAACUCUAGUGAUCUGGAUCCAAAUUGCAGCUCCCCCACUGACCAUUCAUGGGUCCUGA